GCGAGACGAGGGUUCCAUAGAGGGAGCGAGUUCAGUUCAGGCGCAAAGGUCCUCGGUUAAGGACGCGACGCGACGGUCCUGAAAAUCGGGACACUAUGCCAGGCGGCGAGGGGUCCCCGAUCAAUCUCCUCGACCAGCAUCGUGCAUCGACCACCUCCGGCGAGUGCGCGAGUACAAGUGACGAUGAUGAGAAGACUGCCACGGGCACCGUUUCCAGCACGAUGACGACCGUCUUCGCGGGCGACGGUCUCAGACGGAGGAAGGUCAUACACGCGGCCAAAGAAACCCUCGACAAGGCUUCGCGUCUGCUCAGACGGAAGAUACCAUGCACAGGCCACUUGAUGACCCCCCGCCGCCUAUGGUUACAAAAGGUUCCAACGCAGGAAUGCGACGUCGUGAUGAUGUUCCCGAGCGGAGCGAGCGACGAGACCCUGAUGUGGCUUCUAGGCCGACUUCGGGCUGGAACCCCGGGCUUGGUGGUGCACGUGCGACACCAUGCCUCUUCAGAUAGUUACAGCUUUUACUUAACUGCGCCGUUUAGCGUACUUUUGAAAGCAGCUGAGGAGGUGCAUUUACCGAAGACGCUGCGACAGGAGUUCGGCGGUGGACUGAAGGAGUUCGUUGGCUCCGAGGCGAGCUGCUUCGAGGGUAGUGACGAUGAAGCUCAGUUCUUCACCACCCAGGAGAGGCAAUCGCUGGUACUCCACCUGCUGCACACUCUCAGGGCGGGCCCACAGGACCUCCACAGCCUGGCCGGGCUCAAGAUGGUCGAAGGUCAAGCAAUUAUUCCAAAGUGCAUUUCAGCUGGGAUCAUAUCCCAGGUCUUCCCUCUUCACGAAUUGCCUGCGUUGGAGAAACUGCAACGGACAUGGGUUCGUGCGUUUCUCAGCCCCCAACCCCUGGACGACAUUUGUAAAUACUUCGGAGUCAAGAUUACCAUGUAUUUCGCGUGGCUCGGUCAUUACACCACCGCUUUGAUAGUUCCAGCUGUAGUGGGUGCCAUAUAUUGGAUCGGCAUCAUCGGUAGGAAUCAAGCAGUGGAGGACGUGGCGUACGUACUGUUCUCUGUGUUCAACGUAAUCUGGGCCACCGUUUACCUGGAAACUUGGAAAAGAAGGGGUGCCGAACUGGCCUACAGGUGGGGCACGUUGGAUCAAAGGGACGACCUACUUCUCGAACCUAGGCCCUUAUUCACGGGUACCUUGGAAAUUUCAUCGGUGACUGGAAGACUGGAGCCGACGUACCCUAGAUGGAAGAGGAACAUGUUCCGGUAUUUCGUCAGCGUGCCCAUCAUUGCAGCGUGCCUGUUCUUCGUUUUCAUCGUGAUGAUUCUCAGCUUUCAGAUACAGGAUUGGUGGGACGCACGCCUCGAGUCUAGGGGAUACGGUUUCUGGUUGAGCUACGUGCCAAAAGUCUUACUCGCGGUGGUGAUAGCUUUAAUGGACGAGGCUUACUUCAAGGUUGCCGUAUGGUUGAACGACAUGGAAAACUAUCGGCUAGACACCGAGUACGAGAAUCAUCUGAUCUACAAGGUGGCACUGUUUCAGUUUGUAAACUCCUUCCUAUCGCUAUUUUACAUCGCCUUCUACCUACAGGAUCAGGAGAGGCUGAAAGAGCAAUUGGCCGCUCUGCUGAUAGUCCGGCAGGUGAUCGGGCAUCUGAAAGAGUCUGCAGUGCCGUAUCUGAUCGAACAGCUACGACUCGCAAGGUUGAGCUUCGAGCUUUUCGGCGCGCUGAGCCCCAGUGAGGCUCGUCCUCCUCCUGGCGAGGACACCGAGGAAAAUGGGAAGCAGGAGGGCGGCGAUGAGAAGAACGAUCGACCGGACAGUGCGAAAGCGAAGCAGAGAAACGUCAGCCAGGCCGAGCUGGAGAGUUCCCUCUACAGAGUAGGGCAUCCCACUAAUUCUCUACUUAGUGACGUUACGUUCAAGUACGACGGGGCGUUUUCAGAGCAUCUGGAAAUGCUGUCGCAACUGGGAUACGUCUGCCUGUUCUCCUCGGCUUUCCCUCUGGCAGCGAUGUUAGCGUUGCUUGGAAAUCUUUUUGAGCUACGAGGCGACGCUUUCAAGCUGUGCUUUGUACUUCAGCGACCGUUCGGCCGUCGGGUCUCCAGCAUUGGAACUUGGCAGAACGCCAUGGAGGCGAUGGGUCUGGUCGCUAUUUUGGUGAACUGCGCGCUGAUCGGUCUCAGCGGGCAGGUUCAACGGAUGUUCCCGGAGAUGUCGGCCACUCAGACGAUUCUGUUGAUAGUUGCCCUUGAACAUAUCAUGCUGGCGAUACGAUUCAUCAUAAUCUGCGCGAUUCCCGACAUACCGCAUUGGGUGGCCACGGAAAUGGCCAAGGUAGAGUUCCUGAGGAGAGAGGCGGUCAGAAGGUUAUCCUCAACGCCAUCACCGGAGCAGCAACCGGCUACAGUGAUAGGGAGAUUCGUGGUGAGUCCAGCAGACGGUGAGAGCGAAGAGCAACAAUUGUUGUCAGAGGGCAACGGCGACGCGACGCCCUCCAGCAUCCCGGACACGCCGACGCUGGCGUCGACCACCCAGACGCCGAGCAGCCCUCCAACUCCUAGUGGUGCAUCCGUGCCGAGGAUCUCGGAGACACCCUCCGCGGCUCAAACUCCGGUCAGCUGUGCCAGCAGCGACUUGGGUAGUCCUUUACUGACCGACAAGAGCAUCAUAGGCAGCGUCCGAGACAUUCACCACGCGCCUAGGUGUUCCAUUCCCGGUGGAGAACGAGGAAGGCGUUCAAGGGACUGGCUACAGACUGAAUCGGAAGCGUCGGGUGGUGGCGAUCAGUACAGCCACCAUCUGACGAUCGGUCCUCACGGUGGUAUAGACUGGGUCCGAAGAUUAGGUCUCGAGACUGCUGUUCGAAAAUCCAGCGACUCCGAGAUCAGCGGAGCUGGUACCGUCAGUGGAAGUGGAGACGAGUUGACUCUUCACAGGUCUACUGACUGCAUCGUCUCGAAAGAACUCGCAUCCUCAUCGGAUAGCGAUCUCCUCAGAUCCGCCCCGCCAUGGUCAGUGGCUCACAGGAAUCAGAAGUUCCGUUUCUCGCCCGAACGAGAGAAGGAACGGGAGAAGACCGAGAAGCAGCAGUAUCAACAGUAUCAGCGUGAAAUUCAAGAUCACAAGCAACAAGCAGCGUUGUACGCUGAAAAAGAGAAGGAGAAAGAGUCAAGUGCCCUCUCAGACUCGAGCAAAACUUCCAGUCAGGAGGAGGAGAAGCCGUCGAAGGAGGAUCGAGAGGCGAAGAAGACCAGGGUGAAGCAGAGUUUAAUGAAAAGAGCCAGGUCCGUGGCGAUCUUCUCGUUAAAGCUGAAGGAGCGGCGCGCGAGGGAGGCCGAGAUGAAGGCGAAGGAGGCGGAGAGGGAAGCCAGGUGGCAACAGCCGCAGUCCUGCGUCGGCGGCGAACUCUCUUGCAUUCCCAUAGAAAAGCUUAUAUCUGUGGACGACAUCGCAGCCAUGGAGUUACGCAGACUUAAUCAUUAGCCGCUUAAACGUUUCACUUUCGUUACGUACACGCUAAACUUAGAAACGUUCGUCUGCGCCGGUGAUACUCGCUACGGAACGAAUGUUUGCGCGACGAUGAUUUCACAGAAUCCGCCAGGCCAUAUCAACGAGGAUCCAAUAUUGGGAGGAAAAGUUCAGCUUCGACAGAGUCGGAUUAAGAUUUCUCAAGGCUACGGUCGGAAGUGGGAGGAGGGAACGGGGUUCCAGGGAUGAUUAUUUUUAUGCGCUCGCAGCUUCGCCAGCAGUGAAAUUCGACUAUCUUCUUCUUCUUAUGACUGUACAUAUACUUGUCUCAGUAUUCGGGAAGCGAUUGUAAUCCACUCCCCCUUAAUCCGUGCCCCGGUUCUUGAGUUCUCAUGCGAAUAUCGACGAAUUAUAACGCACAUAGAAGUCGAACGAAGAUCGGAUUCACUGCUAUCAUUCUUUUACAUUGUUUUUUUGUACGUUUUCCUUUUCGAACAGCCAGCUCCUUUUAUGUGCGCGUACUGAUCUCAGUUGAUUAGUUGGGAUCUUUAGUGCGUCGCUGUUGGACGAAAACUUGCUCAAUUAUGGGACUAUAAUAAAAUCUCUACUUUAUUUCGCGAAAAGAUGCUGAAGAAUGAUAUUGUCAAAUUAUUGCAGUCUGCCGAUCAAGAUUUUUCUCUUUCAUUUUUGUCCCUCGAGAUCUCGAGUGAGUAUCAUUCGCGCGCGUGAAACAUGCGCACCGCAGGACUCACGGGAGAACUUUGAAAGAUCUUUAGAAAGUCUAGAGAUGCGUUAGGUUUCAUCCGGGAAGAAACGCUUUACGAGAAUGAACAAUGAAACGGCGCACAAAGUAAUUCUAGACGAGAUUGUAUAGAACAGUUUCUAGAUUAUCAUCCUUAAUGAUCACAUCUUUUGGUAGUAUAGUCGAUUCUCGGCAUUCUGUAGAACGUAAGCUCUGAACGAAUCCAUGCCAUAAUAUAAUCUUGUUGACGAUUGUUUUUCGACUUUCUUGGAAUUUGAUCAAUUUUUGAACUUUCUCUAUCCGCAUUGGCUUCGAAUCGAAACAAUUUUUUAAACCCUUGUCCGUCCUUCGAUCUCGUAAUUUAACUUGAUAUUUAACUGAUAUCGAAUAUUAAUACCAGUGGAGAAAAGUUUGUCGAAAGUCUUUCGCCGAAAAUUGAGAAAUAUCUCUUUUCACGAAAAUGGAUGGAUGAGGGAUAAUUUUUAUAAAACGUUCUCACGCAUUAAAAAGUUCUUCAAUAUUAAUUGUUGUUACUAAAGUAAUUAAGAAAAGAAUAAAAAGAAUCGAACGCAAGCGGGUCAAGCAUUACGAGGAAGUUAAGUAAAAACGUAAACUCGCAUAAAACGAGACAGUGUGACGUUUGUAAAAAAGAGCCUGUGGCUGCUGAUACCAAGAGCUAACAAAAUUUUAUCCCGUUAUUGUUACAUCUAUUUGAUGAUACCUAGAUGUUUUAUGGGUUGACAAACUUUUACUGAACAAUUUUUACAUAUAUGCGCCUACAAUUAAAGAAACUUUUAUUAACCCUUCAAGUGCUGAACAUACGCAAUUUCAACUGUAAUUAAAAGAACUCUGCCUAAAAUGUUACAUUCAUUUCUAUGCUUGAAAAUCAUUUACAAUUGGAAGAAAUACACUCAAGCCAUUGCUUUGACAUACGUUAAGUAAAUACAAAGGGAAUAUCAGUUUGUAUUUGAGACGUUUAUCACUCGAAGAGUUAAGCGCAGUUUUCGUUCAACGAAGCACCCGUGAAAGAAUAUUUUAUUUUAUUGCUCGGGACAAGAAACUAACGCGGUCGAAGGAGCGACAAAUUUUUGGGAACCGUUUUUGUAUAUAGCCGAAUCGUUCGCGAGCCAACGCGCGAUUAGCGGAAGAAGAGAAAAAGAAAUAAUGAAAUUCGUUUCCAUGGCCUAGCUAAAACGUCCCCGUCCGUUCGCUGAUGUAGCGCAGUCGUUCAUAUUUUGAGAGGCACUUUAUUACGUUCCAACUUUUUAACGACCACCGUGACUAAAUAGUUAGUGUUUGUGGUUAGACGCGUCGACAUACGAGCACUGUUGAAGCAAACAAACGAGAAAUAAAACCAACCCGUAUCGCAUUGUACUUAAUUAGCGCGCCCUUUGGGAACCGCAAGACUAGAGAAAUCCGCGAAGUCAAUAGAUUAGCCGCUUUCGUGAGGCGAAGUUUUAAAAUGAACAAAAAUAUGAAAAUUGUUAGCGGAAAGCAUCUGUGUUUGUUAGAUGUUUUGUAUAAAACAGAAACUGAGCCAAUAAAAACAUUCUACGAAAAGAA